AUGAUUAAUUAUUUGAUUAUUUCCAUAUUAUUGAUUUCUCAUAUUAUUAAAUCCAGCGGGUAUUAUGUUCCAGCAAAUGGUGAUGAUUGGACAAUUUUAAUACCUCCUUCAUGUAAAAAUAAAUCACCAGAUCAAUAUUUUGAUAGUUUACCAUUUGCAUUUGGUAUUGUUGUUAAUCCUUAUAUUCUUAAUGAAGAUGGUGAUUAUGAAAAACCAAUUGUAUCUAAAAUUAAACCAAGUUUAACUACAACUACUUUUGUUACAUCAAUAAUUACUACUUCUACUGCUACUGCUCCAAAUUCUAAACCAACUAAAACUAAAGAUAUUAUUGUUCAAAUUCAUGAUGGUCAAGUUCAAAAAAUGAAACCUAAACAUGAUUAUAGUAGUGAAGAUGAAGAAGAUUGUUUUGAUAAAAAAAAUAUUAAUAUUGCCGCCAAGAGAGAUUAUCAAGAUAUGAACCCUCAACAACAAGAAACAAAUGAUGAUUCUGGUCAAGUAGUAGUAGCAGAAUCUGAUUCUCAAUUACCAGGUUUAGAAAAUGAUCAAAAUCAAUUGAUCAAUGAAGAAGCAGAAGCAGAAGUAGAAUCAACCCCACAAGAACAACAGAAACCUGAAGAAAAUAAUUCUCAGGAAUUUGAAACUAUUGAAGAAAUUUAUUAUGAUGAUAUAGAUAAUGAUAAUGAAUCAAGACCUAAUAAUGGUAAGAAAUAUCAUAAAAAGAAACCUCAUAAUUAUGAAAAUAAACAUGGACAUAAAGAUUAUCAUCAUGAAGAUCAUCAUCAUAAUCAUCGUUAUAAAGAUCAUGAACAUGAUCAUGAACAUGAUAAUGAACAUGAUAAUAACAAAGGUGAUCAUAAAUGGAAUAAACCAAAACAAACCCCCGAGAAAGAAGAAUCAGAACAAGAACAAGAAGAAGAAGAAGAGACAGAAUUUAUUUCACCAGUUUAUUCAGUUGCUUGUUAUACCAAUUCUACAUUAAAAAUGACAUUAAAUGAUGGGAUUUUACGAGAUUCUGAUGAUAGAAUUGGUUGUAUUGUAUCUGGUCAUCAAUUUCAAUUUGAUGGACCUACUCCUCAACAUGGUGCUAUUUAUGCUGCAGGUUGGUCAGUAACAAAACAAGGACAAUUAGCAUUAGGUGAUUCUACUAAAUUUUAUCAAUGUGCUUCAGGAGAUUUUUAUAAUUUAUAUGAUGAACCAAUUGCUUUCCAAUGUCAUCCUGUCACUUUAGAUGUGGUUGAAUUGAUUGAAUGUUAA